AUGCCUCCGACGUUGCUUGCAACCAAUGCUAGAACACUAACGGUGAAGCCUUUUUUCCAUGUACGCUUUGUGUCCGGAUCUGCUGCUGGAGAUGCAGAGUGUAAACCACCCACCGAGCGCAUGAAGAUCGGGAUAUACGAUGCCUCGAUAACGAACACGAACUGCUUUGUUUGUGUGCGGCGUACGGGUUGGUUCUUCGAUAUCUUGGCCAUGACGAGUCCUACCACCAGUCCACCGAACCAGCCAUGCUCGGUUGCGAAGGAGGAGGAACCAUCAAAACUUGUGACUGCACCGGCUAAAUCACCAGCAAGUGCAGUCAUACAGCCGCCGCCCUAUACGGCCUUCUCUCGCCCGAAAAGAGUGUUCAUUCUUGCGGUGGUGACAGUGGCCGGCUUCUUGGGCCCAUUGGCAGGAAACAUUUACCUUCCUGCCUUGCCUGUCUUAGAGCAUGAGUUUCAAGUAAGCGCUGCAGCUAUAAAUGCAACCGUCUCGGUCUUCAUGGCGGUGUUCGGGUUUGGUCCUCUCUUUUGGUCAAGCUAUGCGGAUUGGAAGGGGCGAAGACCGCUGUACUUGAUAUCUUUAAUAGUAUAUAUCAUCGCUAAUGUUUUAAUGGCUGUGCUUCCGACGAACUUUGGUGCUCUGGUGUUUUUGCGCAUCGUCCAAGCUUUCGGUUCAUCGGCUGUCGUGUCGAUGGGUGCUGGUACAGUCGCUGAUAUCACACAACCCAAGCGACGCGCCCGGGCCAUGUCUUAUUUCAUGUUGGGCCCUCAGUGCGGUCCUAUUUUGGGUCCGAUCCUUGGGGGUGCAAUCGUUGGACAAGCAAGCUGGAGAUGGAUUUUCGCAUUCUUGGCAAUUCUGGCCGUUGUGCUUUGGCCCAUCAUGCUUCUAUUCCAGCCGGAGACUCUUCGAGCCCGAGUAGGCAACGGAAAGCCGUAUAGUAAUAAAGGCUGGAUACUAUGGCCACCCACCCCCUUCUCUUGCCUUGCCCCCGAGUCUGAGCGCGGUCCUCCUCCCCCGAAGCCUACUCUGAAAGGCUACUGGCGUCUCUUCACCUAUCCUCCUAUUGGCAUUGUCUCUGUCAAUACCGCCAUUCUCUAUUCGUCAUAUUUCGGAAUCGCGGUCCAGCUUCCUACAGCAUUGGAGAAUGUUUAUCACUGGAACUCGACUGAGGUCGGAGCUGGAUACGUCGCUGUUGGUAUUGCGAUGGUUGUGGGCUCCAUCGCAGGCGGUCGAUGGUCCGACUGGCGUCGCGCUCGCAUGGUCAACGCGCUUGGAGAAGAUAAAGUCACACCGGAGGCUAGACUUCGGGACCAAAUUGGAGGCAUAUUACUCUGUGCCGCUGGUUUUGCCAUGUUCGGCUGGUUUGUGGAUAGGGCAAUUCACCCGGCGGCAGUGCUAUUUUCAACAUUCUUAGUGGGAUUUGGAAUGUCCUGGAUCUUCGUGACGACUAAUGCCUUCCUUACUGAAUGUAUCCGCCAGCAGGCUGCCCAGGCCUUUGCGUUGGGAAAUAUGCUUCGAAGCCCUGCGGCGGCAGUUACUGCGGCCAUCAUUCAUCCACUGACCGUGAGGAUGGGAUGGGGAUGGUGCUUCACAGGGCUGUCGAUACUAAAUUUUGUUUUAGUCGGUUCAGCGAUGGUCAUCCUGCGGGUCAAAUCUCCUGACUGGAGAAGGAGAAGGUCUGCUCACAUGGCAGGAAAUUAG